AUGGGGAAGACACCAGGCUGCGAGAGGAGGAGCUUUCACAGGUAUGACCUCCAUCUACUGAGUGGUUUGCGAGUCAUUCAGACAAUCUGCCAGAGGACAACAGACAUCAUGAAUAUGAUUGUCUUCUUUCUUCUGGCCGUGCAAAUGCACAGUGUGGUGUCAGUGAAUCACUCUCUGCGGCAUAUCCAACUGGUGUACUAUCGAGAUUCACAGCUCAAGCAGUAUGUUGACGAUGGUACUCUGGAUGGCCAAGACAUUUUCUUCUACAGGAGCAAGAACAGACAAGUAGAACCGGUUCAGGACUGGAUGAGAAAAAUCACAGCAGAAGAUCCUCAGUACUGGCAGAGAGAGACCAAGAAGGCUGUUGUUCGUGAGCAGUUCCUCACAAACAGAUUUGAAACUUAUUUGAAGGAUUUGAAUCAAACUGAAGGUGAUCAAGUUGCUGUGUGGUUUUCUGGAUGUAAAUGGAAUGAUGAGACUGAUGAGGUCACAGGUUGGUAUAUGGAAGACAUGGAAUUUACUGAAGACGAAAACCCAAUGAAGAGAUGGACCGCAGCAAAAGAUCAAGGGGAUCACAUCAAACUGAUCUGGGACGAUGACAAAGCUCCCCCAGACACCUUCAUGUUCGACAGUGAGGAGUGUCCUUCUUACUUGAAGAUGCUUGUGAGCAUCUUAACGAGAACAGAGCUUCCAAAGGUGUCCCUACUCCAGGAGACACCAUCUUCUCCGGCCAGCUGCAACGCAACAGGUUUCUACCCCGACAAAGCCGUCAUGUUUUGGAGGAAAGACGGCGAGAGGCUGCACGAGGGCGUGGACCACGGAGAAAUGCUCCAAGACGGAACCUUCCAGAUGUCUGUGGACCUGAACGUGACGGCCGACAUGGAGGGCAAGUACGAAUGUGUGUUUCAGCUGACUGGCGUCAAGGAGGACAUCGUCACCGAGCUGGAGAGCAGAAGCAUCCUGAGCAACGCGAGCGGUGAAGACCUCAAUACAACCAUCUCUGGUAAUAACAGCCAAGCGACGUCAUGGCCUACCACCAUCACUAUCAGACCAACAACCAGCGGUACUUCCAAUGACAACCAAACUACUACCUGGCCGAACACAACCAUUGAAGGAACCACCCGACCCAGUCUCAACAACUCGGAUGCCACCCCGCCAACUCCUGGUCACAUGAAGUCCACAGAUCAUCUGGAAGACCUCAAUACAACCAUCUCUGGUAAUAACAGCCAAGCAACCUCACGGCCGACCACCAUCACUAUCAGACCAACAACCAACGGUACUUCCAAUGACAACCAAACUACUACCUGGCCGAACACAACCAUUGAAGCAACCACCCGACCCAGUCUCAACAACUCGGACGCCACCCCGCCAACUCCUGGUCACAACCUCAAUACAACCAUCUCUGGUAAUAACAGCCAAGCGACGUCAUGGCCUACCACCAUCACUAUCAGACCAACAACCAGCGGUACUUCCAAUGACAACCAAACUACUACCUGGCCGAACACAACCAUUGAAGCAACCACCCGACCCAGUCUCAACAACUCGGAUGCCACCCCGCCAACUCCUGGUCACAUGAAGUCCACAGAUCAUCUGGAAGACCUUAAUACAACCAUCUCUGGUAAUAACAGCCAAGCGACGUCAUGGCCUACCACCAUCACUAUCAGACCAACAACCAGCGGUACUUCCAAUGACAACCAAACUACUACCUGGCCGAACACAACCAUUGAAGCAACCACCCGACCCAGUCUCAACAACUCGGACGCCACCCCGCCAACUCCUGGUCACAACCUCAAUACAACCAUCUCUGGUAAUAACAGCCAAGCAACGUCAUGGCCUACCACCAUCACUAUCAGACCAACAACCCGCGGUACUUCCAAUGACAACCAAACUACUACCUGGCCGAACACAACCAUUGAAGCAACCACCCGACCCAGUCUCAACAACUCGGAUGCCACCCCGCCAACUCCUGGUCACAUGAAGUCCACAGAUCAUCUGGAAGACCUCAAUUCAACCAUCUCUGGUAAUAACAGCCAAGCGACGUCACGGCCUACCACCAUCACUAUCAGACCAACAACCAACGGUACUUCCAAUGACAACCAAACUACUACCUGGCCGAACACAACCAUUGAAGCAACCACCCGACCCAGUCUCAACAACUCGGACGCCACCCCGCCAACUCCUGGUCACAACCUCAAUACAAUCAUCUCUGGUGAAAACAGCCAAGCAACCUCACGGCCUACCACCAUCACUAUCAGACCAACAACCAGCGCAACCACCCGACCCAGUCUCAACAACUUCGAACCCACCCCGCGAACUCCUGGUCACAUCAAGUACACAGAUUAUCUGGAAGAAAACUUGAGCGUCAAGGUCGCUGUUGUCACGGUGGGGGUCGUUGCUGGGGCUGUCCUUCUGUCGGCCAUCAUCUUUGGGAUUGUCAAGCGUUACAGACACACUCACGGUUUUUACUGGGUCAACAGGCCCACUGAAUCAUGGGUCACAGUGGCCAUGCGGCAUCUGAGCCUUACUCGGUCUGAGUCUGAUUCUGAGUCUGAGUCUGAGUCUGAGUGAGACACAGCAGCUGGCACACAGAACACAAAGAUGUCUCCAUCGCUGAGGGACAUCAUUUCACAUGGAGAUGAGAUGAAGAUGUUCUUUGUUCCUUAUGAUACAUAUACCUUUUACUCAUAUUUUACUGUUACAUCAUGCAAUGUCUUUUCUGGGUACUUACAAAAUGGAGAUGAGAUGGAGAUGAGAUGGAGAUGAGAUGGAUGAGAUGGAUGAGAUGGAGAUGAAAUGGAGAUGAGAUGGAGAUGAGAUGGAAAUGAGUUGGAGAUGUUCUUUGUUCCUUAUGAUACAUAUACCUUAUACUCAUAUUUUACUGUUACAUCAUGCAAUGUCUUUUCUGGGUACUUAAAAAAUGGAGAUGAGAUGGAGAUGACAUGGAGAUGAGAUGGAUGAGAUGGAGAUGAAAUGGAGAUGAGAUGGAGAUGAGGUGGAGAUGAGAUGGAGAUGAGAUGGAGAUGAGAUAGAAAUGAGUUGGAGAUGUUCUUUGUUCUUCAUGAUACAUAUACCUUAUACUCAUAUUUUACUGUUACAUCAUGCAAUGUCUUUUCUGGGUACUUAAAAAAUGGAGAUGAGAUGGAGAUGAGAUGGAGAUGAGAUGGAGAUGAGAUGGAGAUGAGAUGGAGAUGAGAUGGAUGAGAUGGAGAUGAAAUGGAGAUGAGAUGGUGAUGAGGUGGAGAUGAGAUGGAGAUGAGAUGGAGAUGAGAUGGAGAUGAGAUGGAGAUGAGAUGGAGAUGAGAUGGAGAUGUUCUUUGUUCUUCAUGAGACAUAUACCUUGUACUCAUAAUUUACUGUUACAUCAUGCAAUGUCUUUUCUGGGUACUUAAAAAAUGGAGAUGAGAUGGAGAUGAGAUGGAGAUGAGAUGGAUGAGAUGGAGAUGAAAUGGAGAUGAGAUGGUGAUGAGGUGGAGAUGAGAUGGAGAUGAGAUGGAGAUGUUCUUUGUUCUUCAUGAUACAUAUACCUUAUACUCAUAUUUUACUGUUACAUCAUGCAAUGUCUUUUCUGGGUACUUACAAAAUGGAGAUGAGAUGGAGAUGAGAUGGAUGAGAUGGAUGAGAUGGAGAUGAAAUGGAGAUGAGAUGGAGAUGUUCUUUGUUCUUCAUGAUACAUAUACCUUAUACUCAUAUUUUACUGUUACAUCAUGCAAUGUCUUUUCUGGGUACUUAAAAAAUGGAGAUGAGAUGGAGAUGAGAUGGAGAUGAGAUGGAGAUGAGAUGGAGAUGAAAUGGAGAUGAGAUGGUGAUGAGGUGGAGAUGAGAUGGAGAUGAGAUGGAGAUGAGAUGGAGAUGUUCUUUGUUCCUUAUGAUACAUAUACCUUUUACUCAUAUUUUACUGUUACAUCAUGCAAUGUCUUUUCUGGGUACUUACAAAAUGGAGAUGAGAUGGGGAUGAGAUGGAGAUGAGAUGGAUGAGAUGGAUGAGAUGGAGAUGAAAUGGAGAUUAGAUGGAGAUGAGAUGGAAAUAGUUGGAGAUGUUCUUUGUUCCUUAUGAUACAUAUACCUUAUACUCAUAUUUUACUGUUACAUCAUGCAAUGUCUUUUCUGGGUACUUAAAAAAUGGAGAUGAGAUGGAGAUGACAUGGAGAUGAGAUGGAUGAGAUGGAGAUGAAAUGGAGAUGAGAUGGAGAUGAGGUGGAGAUGAGAUGGAGAUGAGAUGGAGAUGAGAUGGAGAUGAGAUGGAAAUGAGUUGGAGAUGUUCUUUGUUCUUCAUGAUACAUAUACCUUAUACUCAUAUUUUACUGUUACAUCAUGCAAUGUCUUUUCUGGGUACUUAAAAAAUGGAGAUGAGAUGGAGAUGAGAUGGAGAUGAGAUGGAGAUGAGAUGAAGAUGAGAUGGAUGAGAUGGAGAUGAAAUGGAGAUGAGAUGGUGAUGAGGUGGAGAUGAGAUGGAGAUGAGAUGGAGAUGAGAUGGAGAUGAGAUGGAGAUGAGAUGGAGAUGAGAUGGAGAUGUUCUUUGUUCUUCAUGAUACAUAUACCUUAUACUCAUAUUUUACUGUUACAUCAUGCAAUGUCUUUUCUGGGUACUUAAAAAAUGGAGAUGAGAUGGAGAUGAGAUGGAUGAGAUGGAGAUGAAAUGGAGAUGAGAUGGAGAUGAGGUGGAGAUGAGAUGGAGAUUAGAUGGAGAUGAGAUGGAAAUGAGUUGGAGAUGUUCUUUGUUCUUCAUGAUACAUAUACCUUAUACUCAUAUUUUACUGUUACAUCAUGCAAUGUCUUUUCUGGGUACUUAAAAAAUGGAGAUGAGAUGAGAUGAGAUGGAGAUGAGAUGGAUGAGAUGGAGAUGAAAUGGAGAUGAGAUGGUGAUGAGGUGGAGAUGAGAUGAAGAUGAGAUGGAGAUGUUCUUUGUUCUUCAUGAUACAUAUACCUUAUACUCAUAUUUUACUGUUACAUCAUGCAAUGUCUUUUCUGGGUACUUAAAAAAUGGAGAUGAGAUGGAGAUGAGAUGGAUGAGAUGGAGAUUAAAUGGAGAUGAGAUGGAGAUGAGGUGGAGAUGAGAUGGAGAUGAGGUGGAGAUGAGAUGGAGAUGAGAUGGAGAUGAGAUGGAAAUGAGAUGGAAAUGAGUUGGAGAUGUUCUUUGUUCUUCAUGAUACAUAUACCUUAUACUCAUAUUUUACUGUUACAUCAUGCAAUAUCUUUUCUGGGUACUUAAAAAAUGGAGAUGAGAUGAGAUGAGAUGGAGAUGAGAUGGAGAUGAGAUGGAGAUUAGGGACGGCGUGGCGCAGUGGAAGAGUGGCCGUGCGCAACCCGGGGGUCCCUGGUUCAAUCCCCACCUAGUGCCAACCUCGUCAUGUCCGUUGUGUCCUGAGCAAGACACUUCACCCUUGCUCCUGAUGGGUGCUGGUUAGCGCCUUGCAUGGCAGCUCCCUCCAUCAGUGUGUGAAUGUGUGUGUAAAUGGGUAAAUGUGGAAGUAGUGUCAAAGCGCUUUGAGUACCUUGAAGGUAGAAAAGCGCUAUACAAGUACAACCCAUUUAUCAUUUAUUAUUAGAUGGAGAUGUUCUUUGUUCCUUAUGAUACAUAUACCUUAUACUCAUAUUUUACUGUUACAUCAUGCAAAGUCUUUUCUGGGUACUUAAAAAAUGGAGAUGAGAUGAGAUGAGAUGAGAUGGAGAUGAGAUGGAGAUGUUAUUUGUUCUUUAUGAUACGUAUACAUUAUAUUCAUAUUUUACUGUUAAAUCAUGCAAUGUCUUUUCUGGGUACUUAAAAAAUGGAGAUGAAAUGAGAUGAGAUGGAGAUGAGAUGGAGAUGAGAUGGAGAUGAGAUGGAGAUGUUCUUUGUUCUUCAUGAUACAUAUACCUUAUACUCAUAUUUUACUGUUACAUCAUGCAAUGUCUUUUCUGGGUACUUAAAAACUGAAGAUGAGAUGAGAUGGAGAUGAGAUGGAGAUGAGAUGGAGAUGAGAUGGAGAUGAGAUGGAGAUGUUCUUUGUUCUUCAUUAUACAUAUACCUUAUACUCAUAUUUUACUUUUACAUCAUGCAAUGUCUUUUCUGGGUACUUAAAAAAUGGAGAUGAGAUGAGAUGGAGAUGAGAUGGAGAUGAGAUGGAGAUGAGAUGGAGACAAGAUGGAGAUGAGAUGGACAUGUUCUUUGUUCUUCAUGAUACAUAUACCUUAUACUCAUAUUUUACUGUUACAUCAUGCAAUGUCUUUUCUGGGUACUUAAAAACUGAAAAUGAGAUGAGAUGGAGAUGAGAUGGAGAUGAGAUGGAGAUGAGAUGGAGAUGAGAUGGAGAUGUUCUUUGUUCAUGAUACAUAUACCUUAUAUUCAUAUUUUACUGUUACAUCAUGCAAUGUCUUUUCUGGGUACUUAAAAAAUGAAGAUGAGAUGAAAUGGAGAUGAGAUGGAGAUGAGAUGGAGAUGAGAUGGAGAUGUUCUUUCUUCCUUAUGAUACAUUUACCUUAUACUCAUAUUUUACUUUUACAUCAUGCAAUGUCUUUUCUGGGUACUUAAAAAAUGGAGAUGAGAUGAGAUGGAGAUGAGAUGGAGAUGUUCUUUGUUCUUCAUGAUGCAUAUACCUUAUACUCAUAUUUUACUGUUACAUCAUGCAAUGUCUUUUCUGGGUACUUAAAAAUGGAGAUGAAAUGAGAUGAGAUGGAGAUGAGAAUGGAGAUGAGAUGGAGAUGAGAUGGAUAUGUUCUUUUUUCUGCAUGAUACAUAUACCUUAUACUCAUAUUUUACUGUUACAUCAUGCAAUGUCUUUUCUGGUUACUUAAAAAAUGAAGAUGAGAUGAGAUGGAGAUGAGAUGGUGAUGAAAUGGAGAUGUUCUUUGUUCUUCAUGAUACAUAUACCUUAUACUCAUAUUUUACUGUUACAUCAUGCAAUGUCUUUUCUCGGUACUUAAAAAACCCGUUAUGAUCAUUUCAAAGUUUUGUCGUUUCAGAUUGAUUUAGGUCCUAAUGUGCGUGUUGCUUUAAAUGCAAACUAAUAGUAGUGGAAUCGCCGCUAUUUAUUGAUGACAAUCACAUAGUGCCACAUUUCUUUCAAUAAAUUAAUUUGUUCAUUCCGGCUCCAGAAGGAGGAAGAGUCAGAAAGUGAUGUUGAGAGAAAAAUACAAGAAGAGAACAAGAUAAAGAUUUAAGUUUUCGCAGCACAAACUGAAAGCCAACUAAGAUGAAAACUGUGAAAUAAAAGUAAAACAUAGUAUAUUUUUAACAGAUAUUACUUUAAAUUAAUUACAAUAUUGAUACGCCAAAACAUGGAUUUGUCAAAAUUGAAGUCGAAUGUUCUAUUGGCAAACACACAUUCAAAGCAGUACCAUUGCAGUGUGACCACAGUGUUGUCACUUGAUUGGUAGUUAAGUCAUUUCAUGGUUUUACCUUCGACCAGUAACCUUUAACAGUUAACGUUUUUUACCCGAGUGUUAAAAAGUGACAUGUCUGCAUUACUCAAGUGUCAUUUAUCGUCACAUUUAAGAUGUUUUAUUUUUAGACUGGUAAGCUUUCUUAAAGAGAACUGCACUUUUUUUUCACAACCCUUAUGAAAGACAUGACAAUGAAUGGAUUUAAAAAAAAAAAAAAAGCAUUCUAUCUCUUAAAUAAACGUGAAUAAAAGUCUACUUACAGUGGAGCCUAUGGGGCGUCCUCUAUUCCUCCCAUAAAACCCAAUUAGUAGCGAUCCAAAAACUGCCAACAAUACUCCAUUUACAUUUCCAUCCAUCCAUGUCCUACCGCUUGUCCCUUUCGGGGUAGCGGGAGUGCUGGAAGAUAUCCCAGCUACAUUCAGGCGGAAGGCGGGGUACACCCUGGACAAGUUGCCAUCUCAUCGCAGGGCCAACACAGAUAGACAACAUUCACAUUCACAUUCACACACUAGGGACCAUUUAGUGUUGCUAAUCAACCUAUCCCCAGGUGCAUGUCUUUGGAGGCUACAUUUCGUGACUUGAAAAUUAACCAAAUAUUAAUGACAUCUGUAUUAUAACGCAGACAAUCUAUUGAUCACAAGAUUGUGUGUAAUGUUGACAUGAUUGACUGAUCAGCUGCUUCCUCGUUUCCUUGCUCGUCAAACUUUAUUGUAUAUCAUAAAUCAUGCCUCUCACCUGGACAAAAUAAGGCUGAGGGUGUAUUCCGACAAGAUGGUACACUAUUUUAGACCCGGAAAUGGCAAGUACGACACAAAAAGACGCUUGGUUUCCCCCACCUUUGCUUUGCGAAGACUAUGAGUCAUUCUUCAUCUAACUGGGAAUAUAUGAACAUCUAGUAGCCGGCAUCCUUAUGACAGCAGACCUUGCCCAGUAAAUGAUGUUUUAUCAUGUCUGUUGGCUCUGAUGAAGUCUGUAGUGAGUAAUAAUCAGUAAUGUAAUUAAAAAAAAAAAAAAAGCGAACGUCGUAAUGCGUUUUUUUUUUAUUAAUGCGCCGCAUAUCAUUAAAAUGAUCAAAAUACGUAAAUAUUAAAUAUUAUAAAUGUGCCCGUUACUACAUUACAUAUACUGUAUACUUACAUCAUGUAUACACAACUUUAAUGGAGGUGUUUGGAUGUUUUUUUUAAGGAUUUUAUAGGCAGAAUACAGCGGCUUGCAUAGCCUCCAUUGUAAGCGGACUUUUGAUCGCAUGUAUUUCAUAUUUAGCAUGCAUAAAAAUACAUCUGUCAUCAUGUCUUUCAUGAUUGCGAAUGAUAGGCAAAAUUCGGGAAAAAAAGUGCCGUUUCCCUUAAAACUUGUAUGAAUAAUCUUGAAAUUACAUGUUUUAAUGUCUGUACCAUUAUUAAAGAUUUUUUGAUUGCAA